AUACAUCAAAGUCAUACUAGCUGAAGACCAAAAUCUGCCUUAGCAUUAUGGGUAAGAAAGGGAAAAUAUCAAAAUAUGAUUUACCAGGAUUUGUUGCCAUCCUGCUGUUUCAUAUGCAAGUGAUGCACUCACAAGUGCUAAAUGAAAUUUCUGAGUUUAGUUACCCAGAGGAACAAAUGCCUCUCUUAAGGAAAACACGAGACGUGAACACAGGCAUAGUAGAAUACAUUGUGGUCGUUGAGGUGAAUGUGACAGAAGUGAUUUUAUUUGACCAAAUCAAUUCAUCAGCGAAUUCCAUCACUCCUUUACAAAUAGACAACAUCACAAAUAUCAACAGUUUGGACAUUACAGCAGUGUGCCAGCCACUAUUGAAUGAAUCUCAAUACCAGUGCACGUGUGAGGAUCAGUAUGUUUGGUCCUACAAUAACUGUAUUACAUAUAACGCCUGUGAUAACCUAAAUGAAGGAACGUGUACCUGUAUCAGUGCCAUUCCCAGUGAUGGACAGGUCUGUGUGCCAAAAACUGACAGCACAACUCCUGUAACAACACCCAGCACAACUCCUGUAACAACAGACAACACAACUACUGUAACAACAGACAGCACAACUACUGUAACAUCACCCAGUCCCCGCGUACUAAGCCUCUCAUUGAAACUAAAUCAUAAAUUUGACUCUGACCUCAACAAUAAAGAUAGUCCAAUAUAUCAAACAUAUAAAAAUAAAAUUCAGAGUUCAAUUGAAGAAAGCUACAAAAAUGUACCUGGCUAUCAGCUCAACUCUGCAACAGUGACUGGUUUCAGACCUGGCAGUGUGAUUGCAGACUUCAUUAUUACCUCAACAACUAACAAUGUUGAUUUGGCUUCAGCAAACAAACAGCUUACUACUAAUCUCAUUAAUAGUGGAUUCAGUGUUUCUAGUGAUUUUCUCAGUCAAAGUGUUGAAGGAAAUCUAACUAACAUCAGCGGAAACAUAUAUCCUGGGACAGAUCUAAAACUGACAUGUAAUCCUCCAGAGACAAAUGUUAUAAACUGGAACCUGAAUGGGAUUCAGUUAAAGCAGUCAGACAAGUAUGUGAUUAAUAAUAUUGAACUCACUGUGAAGAAUGCCGGUCCCACUGACAGUGGUCAAUAUUCAUGCAUAACAACAGUAAACUCUCUGCCCUAUAUAAUCUGGCAAAGCAUUACGAUUCAACCAUACCCCAAUAUCCAAGUAACCAGUAAUAAAACUGUACAAUGUGAGGAUACAACAGUCUCACUGCAGUGUUGUGUUCUGGGUGUAUAUAAGGUGCAAUGGGCUGACACUACAACCUGCUCAAGUUCAACAGGAGUCUGCAUCACAUGUGACUAUACAAUUAACCCACAGGAUUGUCAGAAUGGUGUGCAAACAAAACAGUUCAAAUGCCAACUAACACAACCUAUCACUGAUAGUAGUUACAACUCAAAGAACAUUGAUGUACAAAUAAAAAACCAAAGAUUUGACUGUUCUGAUAAUGUAUUUGGAGCUGGAAAUGAGGGAGCAAAACAAACUGCUAUCUGUGAUGUAAACAUGGUUGGCUAUAAAGAAGCUCAGUGUAUUUCAAAAACAUGGACCAUUAAAGAAGACAACUGUGUUCCGCUUGCAAUUCAAAAUUUAAAAUAUGAAGCUGAGACUUUACAGAUAGCAGCUAUCCCGCAGUUUAUGGCCAGCCUCAGUAGUAAUGCUACAUCACAGGCUCAAAACAUCACAGGCUCUGCAGCAACCAUAACAACAAUUGUAGACAUACUAACCAUCGUUUCAGGUCUCUCACAAACAACUUUUGUCAGUCAAACUAUUAUGACGGAUUUCAUAAAAACAGCAGAGGUCAUUGGAACAGAUAGUACAUCAGGCACUUGGGCGAAUUUAAACAAUAAAAGUACAACAAGUAGCACCAGUAAUAAACUUCUGAAUGCUACUGAGAACAUUGCACGCAGACUCCCAGAUGGCAACAUCUCAAUAAAAACAAAGUUUACUUCUCUUGAAAAAAAAUCCAUUACUGCCCCCUUUAAUGAAACAUUUGGAAAAAAUCUCACUACGCAUAUAUACAUUCCUGUGACUAAGGCCAAUACGUUCCUCACCGUCAUAAUCUCUUCGGCCUUUAACAACAUCUUACCUGUUCGAAAUCUGACCAACAAUAACAGCAGUCAGACUGACACCAAGAUCAAUGGAGACGUAGCUGUGAUUGAGACAAACUCACUAAUUAACAACAUCUCUCUCUCUUUCGAUGUCAUAAAUACUACAUUGGGAAAACCUCAGUGUGUCUUCUGGAACUUUAAUCUUCUGAAUGGUGUUGGUGGAUGGGACUCAACUGGAUGUCAGUUAAAGCAUUUAGGGAAUGAAAACAAAAGAUACACAUGUGAGUGCAAUCACACAACCUCUUUUUCAAUCCUGAUGUCACCAUUUACGCUGGAUAAAGUCCAAGCCAUAAUCUUAGACUAUAUAACCUACAUUGGUGUUGGCAUUUCAAUGGGCAGCUUGCUUUUGUGCCUCAUUAUUGAAAUCAUCAUAUGGAAAUCAGUGACACGAAAUGACACAUCCUACAUGCGCCAUGUCGCCAUAGUCAACGUCGCUGUCUCCCUCCUGAUUGCGAACAUUUGCUUCAUCAUUGGAGCAGCUGUUGUUAAACAAGAGGGUCCCUGCAGUACAGCGACGUUCUUCAUGCACUUCUUUUAUCUCGCCCUUUUCUUCUGGAUGUUUCUGUCAGCACUUUUGCUCCUCUACCGCACCCUCAUGGUCUUUUCCAGAAUGACCAGAGGCGCAAUGAUAGCCAUAGGUUUCACUGUCGGCUAUGGAGCCCCGUUAAUUAUAGCUGUCGUUACUGUGGCAUCUACAGCUGGAGGCAAAGGAUACAUUCAACAAGGUUACAAUUGUUGGCUGAACUGGGAUAAAACAAAGGCUCUCCUGGCAUUUGUGAUUCCUGCUCUGACGAUUGUAGCUAUAAACCUCCUGGUGCUUAUUGUGGUUCUGUGUAAGAUGUUGAGGAGAGGAGUUAAUGCUUCUGUUCAGCCAGAUGAGAAACAUCCCCUAGUGGUCAUUGCUAGAUGUGUGGCGAUUUUAACACCUCUCUUUGGUCUAACGUGGGGAUUCGGCAUCGGGACCUUGGUGUCACCGAACUUUGGGAUUCAUGUGGUGUUCGCAUUCUUUAAUUCACUGCAGGGUUUCUUUAUUUUGCUUUUUGGAAUAUUACUGGACAGUAAGGUCCGAGAAGCAUUGGCAGGAAAGUUUUCACUGAGGAACUUAAGUUCUGGUCGCACCAGGAGUACGAGUGCAGGACCAACGUCCUCAAGUGGACUUCCUUUCAUGCAGAGGUUACGGCAAAGAAAUGUGUACAAUGUACAAGCAAACAGCGGCACUACGGCUUCAACUUCAAACAACUCAUAUGCACCUAUCAACACUUAAGGCAGUAAACCCCUAUUACAAGAGCCUGUUUAACUGCUAUCAUACAGUACAUGCAUGUUUUAACAAAGUAAAUUAUGAAAUAAUUACUGAAUAAGAGUAAUGAAUAAGGAAUGAAUUAAUCAAAUGAUCUAUAUAAUUUAUUACUAAAUGUUCUAAUUGUGGGGCACGGUGGCUUAGUGGUUAGCACGUUCGCCUCACACCUCCAGGGUUGGGGUUCGAUUCCCGCCUCCACCUUGUGUGUGUGGAGUUUGCAUGUUCUCCCUGUGCCUCGGGGGUUUCCUCCGGGUACUCCGGUUUCCUCCCCCGGUCCAAAGACAUGCAUGGUAGGUUGAUUGGCAUCUCUGGAAAAUUGUCCCUAGUGUGUGAUUGCAUGAGUGAAUGAGAGUGUGUGUGUGUGCCCUGCGAUGGGUUGGCACUCCGUCCAGGGUGUAUCCUGCCUUGAUGCCCGAUGACGCCUGAGAUAGGCACAGGCUCCCCGUGACCCGAGGUAGUUCGGAUAAGCGGUAGAAGAUGAAUGAAUGAAUGAAUGUUCUAAUUGUUUUUCUAUUUUGUCAAAUUAAUUCAUAAUUUUAUUAAAUAUUGCUGUCAUUGGCUAAAGCACAACAAUAAUAAAAAAAAACAACAACAACAACACAGUACUACUAACAAUGAAUAAAUAACUCUCUUCUUAAUUAUCUUCAAUAUUUAAUAUUGUACUCAUACACUGUCAGGACUCUGCCCGGACUUUGGCCAUGUGCCUUUUUGUUUAUGUUCGGUGUUCACGUGUCUGCCCCGCCCUUGUCUUUUCCUCCCCGCCUCUGCACACCUGGCCCUCAUGUGUCAUGAUUAUUUGUAUUAUUUAAUUGAGCCGCGUUGCCUUGUGCAGCGUGGAAUCCUGUUGUCUUUUGCUGUUGUCCUUGUCUGUUGUUGUCUACGUCCUGUUUCGUGGUUUUUUUAAGUUAAUAAAUCCUGUUUUUUGUUAAGCUGUCCUGCAUUUGGGUCUGUUUUUAUC